AGCCCCGCGGGCGACCGGGCCAGCCCCCGCCCCGACCGGGGCAGGGCGGCGUCGCGGGAGGCGGGGCCCGGAGGGAACGGUCGCCCGGCGCCCGGAUAAGAGGACCCGGGACCGCCUGCCCCAGCUCCGCGUGGUGGUGGGCGGUAGCCGGGACAUGUUGCUAGCGCUGCUGAGCCUGGCUGCCAUGUGCAGGAGCGUCCUGCCCCGAGAGCCGGUAAGCAUCCUCCUCCCCCGUGAGCACUCUUUCCCUCAUCCCUUUAGCCGAAUCCUGACAAGCGUGUGACCUGCUAGGAAAUUGUCCACGGACCCCUGAGACGACCGCAGUGGGCCUUGCACUCUCCUCAUCCCUCAGUUCCCCCCCUGGAAGAUAACUGCUGUCAGACUGCAUCCUGGGGGCAACCUCCUCAGUAAAAGCGUUGUGGCGUGCCUCGUCUGUUCGUGACAAGACUGUAGUGCUCACAGCCGCGCUGCCCACCUGUUGGGACACCAGACAGGCCGCACUCAUCCUCUUGUUUUUCUUUUCCGUUUUGGACCGUGCUGAUUCCCGAAAGCAGCUUUCCUUUCUUCUCCAGUCCCCAAGAAUGAAAGAAUCUUUCUGGUCAUUCAAGAGGAAAAGGCUCUUCCUCAGUAAGACAGUCAGACGCGAUCCCUGCCCGGUUCACACGACACUGUUCAGUGUGGCUCUGAGACAGGGCCAUCUCCAGAGUGGAUGGUCCAACACACUCUCACUCCAGGAGACCUGAGGUACCUCCAAGUGGAACUUGUUAAAACAGGUGUUGCCACAGAGGAUUUUUCAGUUUUGAUGAACAUAAGUUGGAUACUCCGGGCUGAUGCCAGCAUCCGCUUGUUGAAGGCCACCAAGAUCUGUGUGACUGGCAAAAACAACAUGCAGUCCUAUAGCUGUGUGAGGUGCAACUACACAGAGGCCUUCCAAAGUCAGACCAGACCUUCUGGCGGCAAAUGGACGUUCUCCUAUGUAGGCUUCCCAGUGGAGCUGAGCACACUGUAUCUCAUCGGGGCCCACAACAUCCCCAAUGCUAACAUGAAUGAGGACAGCCCUUCCUUGUCUGUGAACUUCACCUCGCCAGGCUGCCUAAACCAUGUCAUGAAAUAUAAGAGGCAGUGCAUCGAGGCUGGAAGCCUGUGGGACCCAAAUAUCACUGCUUGUAAGAAGAAUGAGAAGACAGUUGAAGUGAAUUUUACAACCAAUCCCCUUGGAAAUACAUACACAGUUCUCAUUCGACGGAAUGUGUUGUUGGGGAUUUCUUCAGUGCUGGAGAAUAAACUGACACGGACAUCUGUAGCCAUUUCGGUGGACGAGGAAAGUGAAGGCGCUGUGGUCCAGCUGACUCCGUAUUUGCACACCUGUGGCAAUGACUGCAUCCGACGUGAAGGAACAGUUGUGUUAUGUUCAGAGACAAGUGCUCCCUUCCCUCCAGAUAACAACAGAGGCAUGCUAGGAGGCUGGCUGCCUCUCCUCCUGGUGCUGCUGGUGGCUACAUGGGUGCUGGCAGCUGGGAUCUACCUAACUUGGAGGCAAGGAAGGAGCACCAAGACGUCUUUUCCAGUGACCACCGUGCUCCUGCCCCCCGUUAAGGUCCUGGUGGUUUACCCAUCCGAGGUCUGUUUCCAUCACACAGUCUGUCGCUUCACUGACUUUCUUCAAAACCACUGCAGAAGUGAGGUCAUCCUCGAAAAAUGGCAGAAAAGGAAAAUAGCCGAGAUGGGUCCAGUGCAGUGGCUUACCAGUCAGAGGCAAGCAGCAGAUAAAGUGGUCUUCCUCCUUGCCAGUGACAUCCACACCCUUUGUGACAGUGCCUGUGGCCAGGAUGAGGGCAGCACCAGGGAGAACUCUCAGGACCUGUUCCCUCUUGCCUUUAACCUUUUCUGUAGCGAUUUCAGCAGCCAGACUCAUCUGCACAAGUAUCUGGUGGUCUGUCUUGGAGGAGCCAACAUCAAAGGUGACUAUGAUGCUCUGAGUGUCUGUCCCCAGUAUCAUCUCAUGAAGGAUGCCACCGCUUUCCACACAGACCUUCUCAAAGUGACACAAAACGUGUCAAUGAAAAAACGCUCAAAAGCCUGCCAAGGCAGCUGCUCACCCUUGUAGCCCACCAGAGGAAAGACCCUGGAGGCUUCCUACCCUACCAAUUCCAGUGACAGAAGGCUUUGUGAUGGCCUGGAAUUUACUGUACGGGCUGAACUUGCGUGAAAACUGCAGCUUGCAGAGUCAGAACCUGAGCGCACAUCCCGAGGGCUAGUCACUAGCCGGUUCUGUGGAGAUACUGCAGCUAUACACAUUAGUGAGUGGAACCCUGAAUUUGCAAAGCUCAGUCACAUACCCACAGCCCAAUAAUGCUCACCACUGAGAAGCAAGCGUUCUGGCAAUGAAGGCAGAAGGCAUUUCCCAGUCAGGCAUCCCAGUCUUGUACCGACUGCUCAUGCCUGCGCUGCACGCAGGACUGUUUAACCCUGUAACAUUUCGAUCUGUUAAUGGAUAAUCCGUUUGAGAGGCACUCACUAAUCUGUACCUUCCUCAGAGAAAAAGCCUAGCACACACACAAGCUGGACCCAGCUUGCCUGACCAGAUGACCGGAUGUAUGUGUCACCACGUACUGUUUGUUAUUUGUAGAGUGCCUUUCCUUGCCAAACGUUUGGACAGGGAACCUUUCCUUUUUAUCUUAAGGGCCAGGAAUUGAAUCCUGGGUAUUAAUUAUGCAUGCUGGACAAUGCUCUCCCACUGAAAUCUAUCCCAGUCCCUUAAAGGUGACCAGAUGGAGUGUGGCACCUUUACGCCCAGCCCUCAAGGGGCAGGAGGAACUCUGUGAGUCUGAGGCCAGAGAUACACAGUGAGACCCUGUUCCAAACAAAAACGUGUUACCUGUAAGUCUGCUGUCUACUUUUGUCCAGUUACCUGUCCACUGCUGUCCUAAUUCCAAGCUCUUGGUUAUUACAGAACAUUUCCUGUUCAAGUCAAAGUGAAUUCUUAAACUGAAAUUAGCUCUUCUGAAGUUAUGUAUCUUUUAAUAAUCAGUUACUUAAAUUAACAAAACAAAACCACCAAGGCCUGGAGAGAUGGCUUAGAGGCUUAGAGCACUGGCUGCUCUACCAAAGGACCUGGGUUUAGUUCCCAGCACCCACAUGGCAGCUCAUGGCCAUCUUAUUUUCAGAGGGGUAUGAUACUCUCCUCUGGCUAAGGGCACUUUGCAUGUAAAACACUCUAGUAGUGUCUUGCUUACAUGUAUCCCUCAGGCCUGCCUGGUGUCACAGGUGCCUGAAGUCAGGAGAGGGCGCCUGAUGACCCAAAGAUGGAGUUACGGACAGUCACUGUGUGGAUGCUAACAACUAAACCAGGGUCUUCUGCAUGAGCAAAUGUUCUUCAUUGCUGAGUGACCUCUCUAUAACCCCUAACAUAAGUAAAUCUUAUUUAAAAGAAAACAUAACAAAAAACCAGAACAAACAGUAAGAGUGCACAGACUUAGAACAUUUUGAGUCUUCUACCUCUUCACUUUCUUGAAGCAGCUUUUUCUUAAUGUAGAAACCACAAAAAAUGUACCUAAAUGAGUGUAUGUAUUUGUCUAGUAAGGCUUCAUACAGAAUAAUAAAUUUGUUUUGUGACGUCA